UUGAGCGGAGCGGACCAAAAAUCCCAAACAAGGAAAUGGUGGGGGGAAAAAUAACAACCAUCCGAUUAUUUAAUUAAUGCGUGUCACAAUUAAUAUUUGAUUGGAUCGUCAAUUAAGGGAAUAUUUAUGGGUUAAACAAAAAUGGAUUACGACUUCAAAACCAAGCUGGCGGCCGAAAGGGAGAGAGUGGAAGAUCUGUUCGAAUAUGAAGGUUGCAAAGUGGGUCGCGGCACCUACGGGCAUGUUUAUAAAGCCAAGCGCAAAGAUGGGAAGGACGAGAAAGAGUACGCUCUCAAACAGAUCGAAGGCACCGGCAUCUCCAUGUCUGCUUGCCGAGAGAUCGCGUUGCUAAGGGAGCUGAAGCACCCAAAUGUCAUCGCACUCCAGAAAGUGUUUCUGUCACACAGCGAUCGGAAAGUGUGGCUCCUUUUCGACUACGCAGAGCACGAUCUGUGGCACAUUAUAAAGUUCCACCGUGCGUCCAAGGCCAAUAAGAAGCCAAUGCAGCUGCCGAGAGGAAUGGUGAAGUCUCUGCUCUACCAGAUCCUGGACGGCAUCCACUACCUCCACGCUAACUGGGUCCUACACCGAGACUUGAAACCUGCCAAUAUCCUGGUGAUGGGGGAGGGUCCCGAACGAGGGCGGGUCAAAAUCGCGGACAUGGGUUUUGCACGACUUUUCAAUUCUCCUCUGAAGCCUUUGGCGGAUCUGGAUCCAGUCGUGGUUACGUUCUGGUACCGAGCACCUGAACUGCUCCUGGGAGCUCGACACUACACCAAAGCAAUCGAUAUCUGGGCGAUCGGCUGCAUCUUCGCGGAGCUGCUGACGUCCGAGCCGAUAUUCCACUGCCGUCAGGAGGACAUCAAAACCAGCAACCCGUUCCACCACGACCAGCUGGACCGCAUCUUCAGCGUCAUGGGCUUCCCUGCAGACAAAGACUGGGAAGACAUCCGGAAGAUGCCGGAAUAUCCGACCCUGCAGAAAGACUUCAGAAGAACAACGUAUGCCAACAGCAGCCUCAUCAAAUACAUGGAGAAGCAUAAAGUAAAACCGGACAGCAAAGUCUUUUUGUUGCUCCAGAAACUUCUUACCAUGGACCCCACCAAAAGGAUCACAUCUGAACAGGCACUGCAAGACCCCUAUUUCCUGGAAGACCCCUUACCUACAUCAGAUGUGUUUGCAGGUUGCCAAAUCCCAUACCCCAAACGCGAGUUCCUCAAUGAAGAUGAGCCUGAGGAGAAGACAGAGAAGAACCAGACGCAGCAACACCAGCAGACGCAGGCGCAGACGCAAACGCAGGCGCAGCAGGCUCCGUCUCAGCAGAGCUCGGCUCAGACCAACGGAACAUCCGGGGGGACCACGGGACCCUCCAUGCAGCACACAGGGCAGGACCAGGGGCCCCCCAACAAGAAGAGCCGCACCACCGGGGCCAACGUGCUCCAGACAGACUACCAGCACUCCAGCUCACGCCUUGGUUACCAAAGCAACGUCCAGGGCACCACCCAGUCUCAAAGCACUAUGGGAUACUCGUCCACAUCUCAGCAAAGCUCCCAGUACUCUCAUCAGUCUCACCGCUACUGAGGUGUGGAAACGUUGGCGGCUCGCACUAAUUCAUGAAUGCGAACGCAGGUCUCGCUGCCAUUCCUUAUAAACUUGUGGAGAUUUCCUUUCCCUGCCUUCCUACGUGUACCUCUCCCUUCUUCUUCUUCUUCUUCUUCUUCUCACUUCCUUUAUACGUCUACGCUUUCAGCAUGAGAUGUGUAUGCUGUUCUUACUGUUCUUACUAGUGUUGCCAAUACCAGCAGAUAAGAUGUCAUUUCUGAAGCAGCAUCUUCCAUGCUCAACUUCACAUCCCAGGAGCCUUGGAGCUCAGAUGAACCCUGUGAUGAGAAGCAACACCAGCGUCCUUCCCCUCGGUUAAAACCAGUACUCAGAAAUAUAUUUCAAAUAUUUUACAUUUAUUUAUUUAUUUAUUUGGCACAGGCUUUUAUCCAAAGUGAAGCAGUUGAGGGUGAAGGACCUUUCUCAAGGGCCUGUCGGUGGCAGAUUGGAAGUCCUGGGAUUCAAACUAACAACCAUAUGAGCAUUACUUCAGAAGUCCAGUUCUCAGAGUUCAUGAAAACCUUCAGUGUUCACACAAAAAAAACCUCAAUUCUUUAAACAAUUACUUCAGUGUCAGUACAUAACUCCAAGGCAAACAAAACCAAUCCGAAAGAAACCUGUAGUGUCAUUACGGGUCCAGUGCUGUGAAUCUAUUUGGACCCAACUGUCAAUCCAUGAUGUUUUUAUGCAAAUCAAGUCCCUAAAAUCCAUCAAACCCCAUAGUGUCCGUUUAGAGUCAGUCAUAUGAACCAUGAGAACUCCCUCAAGAACCAGGACCAGUCCCCAGAUUCCUUGGUUUCUCCCAGAAUAAGCCCCCAGACCCCUUAUUUUCCAUCCAUAGCCAAUCCUCAGAAGUCUUGGUGUCAUCAAGGGUACACCCUUCAGUUUCCCUCAAGAGAUCAGUCCCGAACCCCUGGGAGGUUCUGUUACGAAUCACUCCCCAAGGCUUUUGCUUUCCACCCAGAACUAGCCCUCAGAACCCUUAAUGUCAUUAUGAAUCUAUCCUUGGGUUUCCAUCCAGAACCUCUUCCCAAGCCCCUGGGCUUCCAACCAGAACCAUCCCCCAGAUCCCUCAGUUUCCUUCCAGAACCAGUCCUCAGACCCAUUGGUUUGCAUCAAGAACCAGUCUUCAGAACCCUGAGCAUCAUUAUAGGUCCACCCUUUGGCUUUCAUCUAGAAGCAUUUUCCAGACCUCUGUGGUUUCCAUCUAGAACCAGUCAACAAAGCCUUCAGUGUCCUUACAAAACCCUCACAAAUAGAAUCAUUCUCAAAAUCCUUGGCGCCAAUGUGCUGCACCAUGUAGUCCUAGAGCCUGAAGUAUUCACACAACACCAAUGAUCCAAACCCUGCAGUUUCCAUUUAGAAACACUACUGUCCAAAUUGGAAUACUUCACACCUUUCUUUUUUAUGUUUCCGUCUAGAACAAGUCCUCAGAAUACUUGGUUUCUAACCAGAACCAUCCCCUAGAUCCCUCAGUUUCCUUCCAGGACCAGUACCAGUCCCCAGGUCCCUCAGUUUCCAUCUAGAGCCAUCCUCAGAACACUUGGUUUCCAACCAGAACCAUCCACCAGAUCCCUCAGUUUCCUUCCAGAACCAGUCCUCAGACCCAUUGGUUUGCAUCAAGAACCAGUCUUCAGAACCCUGAGCAUCAUUAUGGGUCCACCGUUUGGCUUUCAUCAAGAACCAUACCCCAGACCCUGUGGUUUCCAUCUAGAACCAGUCACCAAAAUCUUCAGUGUCCUUUAGUUUCCAUCUACAGGCAGUCAUCAAAACUUUCAGUAUUCCUACUAAAUCAGUCCUCAAAACUGUCAUUGUUCCUGCCAAUUCUCAGAACCUUCUGUAUCUAUACCUGUCAAGUCUGCAAAACCUUCUUAAUAGAGACUAAGUCCUGUAAACCUUCAGUAUCCAAUCCACCAACCCGCAAAGCCUGCUACAGUUCCAGUCCUCCAAACUUUUGUUUCUUUGCCUGUAACCUGCCCUCUGGAACAAUUUGAGGUCCUAAAUUGAACCUGCCAUUAAGACCCAUAGUGUCCAUACAGAACCAACCAACCAGGACCUAGAAUCCAUGUGGAAGCAUCUGAGUCUGCUUUGGUCCAAUGACCGGCUAUACACCUGCAAUAUGGCGGCUAAUACAAACCAAAUAUCCUUUCCCUCCUCUAUCUCUCGGUUUGUAACACUUUCUAUUUUUCCCUUCCUGUCCACCCUGUGCAUACAUAAUACCGUGUACACAAUAUAGACCCUGAAGAACAAAGAACUUUGAAGAUAGAAGACUGAUAGCUGUCCCUUAUCGGGGCAAUGAUUCGUCUUCACGCAUGUGCAGAGCGCCUUUACGACUUUUCAGCUACAGACCUAGAGGCUUUGACCUUCUAGUUUUUGUCCUUUUGUAAAUAUUUAAUUCUGAUAUCUGAACACCGCUGAGGAAACCCUUUACUUUUACGAGUCUUUUGUCGAUACUCAUUUCGUUCACGACGAUGAACGGCAAAUAUCAAUGACAGCUGGGUUUGUCAGGAAUAAUGAAGCAAAGCGAAAGGAAAGCAAAGUUCCUUUUUAUUGUUUGACAAACACAUUUGAAAUUUGUUUUUGGCCAUGAGAUAUGAUGACAUGCAUCAACCCUGUAUGUAUGAAAGAAACUGCAUACGUACAUGUCUGUGUUUUUGUUACAAUGUCUGAGGCAGCUCCAGUGACUGUUACCUCCUGUUUGAUAUUUUUGGAUAUAAUUUUGGAUUUUUGCUGUUUUUAUUGUUGGUUUUGAAGUUUGCUUAGAUUUGUUUGUUCCUCACCACUCUGUGUGUAGACUUGCAUUUGACGCAGCACUGUACAAAAACAAACAACAACAACAAAAAAAAAGACUCCGGGUCAUUCAAGCUGGGAGAAAAGGGAGCUAAAAUUGUCCCUUUAACGCUAUUCCAGGCUCUGUUUCCCCUGUUCGCCAAAUCCUGACCUCAGCCAGAGUAAGACUAAGCGUGGUCUUGAGUCGAGAAGAAACAGGCCAGACCUGAUAAGUGCACUGAAAAUGUUGGAAACACUGACAUCUACUGGGGGUUGAAAGAACUGCAUGACUCUCAGAGCCGUCAACUACAUGGCACUUCUGCACUCCAUACGAACAGACAUCAGGAAUGGCUGUGAAGUAGACUUGGGAGACACUGGCGCAUGUAGCUGACCUGAGACCUGCAAAAGCCUGAAUGAUGCGCAUCAGAUGAGUAAACUGCACUGACCUGAGAGAACAUGUUCAUUUCGACGAACGUGAGUUUAGAACCACAAUAUUUAAAAGAGAGCUUCACUCAAAUAUGCUAAUAAUGUUAGUGGGCACACAGUAUCGCUAAAGCCAAUUAUAUAUUCUUAGAGAAAAAAAUGAGUUUUUCUUCAAAAAACAAACCCUUUUUGAAAGCGUUUUCCACAUAGUUGUUAAAAGUUCCCCUAGAGAAACAACCAAAAAAAGCAAACAAAAUCUUAGACUUGGUGGCGGGGAAUGAACCACGACUAAACACAGCUGUAAACACACUUUGAGAAGAGAAAGGUUCUUCAGGGCUUGUUCCAAAAAAUUGGAACCCUUUCUGAUAAUAAUGGGUUCCUGCACUGGGACAACUGAAGAACCCAUGAGGGUUCAAAACCUCUAAGAAUGUUGGAAAGACAUUCAUAUUUAAAAAAAAAAAAGGUUCUAACUGGAACCCAUUCUGAUCAGGAUAUAGUCAAAGAAUGGAUUUUUUAACGUUCCUCCAUAUCCCCUUUCCACCAGCAGGGGAUCCGAACCAGGUGCUCUAUCUGGGCUGGUGCUAGUGCUGGUUCGAUGUUAACCUUCUAAGAGCUGGUUUGCUUUUCCACAGCCACCAUAGAACCACGUCUUUACAUCACCGUGUACGUCUCCGCACCACUGUAGCACUGCUAGUGCCAAACACAACAACAGUGCCGGACUACAUUUUUUUUUCUUCUUUAUCUUUGGAUUAGUCAGACUAGAUGCUUGACCAGCUGUUUUUUUUUUUUUAAACGGCAGCCAGAAAGUUUUAGCUGGUCUUGUUAGUCACAAUAAUCCUGUCACAGCUCCUGAUGUAAGCGGCUCUUGGUUCUAGACCAGCAAAUUCUUGCAAAGUGCCAUUCUGGAACCAGUUUUCCUGGCUGAGAGCUGAUUCUCUGGCCAUCGAAACGCAAAGAACUGGUUUGAGCUCAGGCUCCGGCUCGGAACCGGUACUCUGUGGAAAAGGGGCACCAAAGGGACAACCGAAGAACCUUUCAAAAGUUUUCUAAGAGUGUAAACGUCAAUCAAAUGACAAAGAUUCACAGUUAAAUACAGUUAUAAGGACACUUUUAAUAAACAAAUGGUUCCUUCAAGGGUUCUAAUUCUGCAGAAAGACAACCAAAGAACCCAUAAGAGUUCAAACUCGAAAUGACUCUUAAAUUUAAACUACUUUUCAGAUUUUUCGAGUGUAGGUCAUAAAAAGAAUUUUCCCCGACACCCAGUUAUUUUUGUUUAGUGGACCGAAAGCUACUGAAUUCGAAUCACAGACUUCCAAUUUUAUUAAAUUUUUUUUUAAACAGAGCGAUUUAAUGAAUUUAAGGCCAUGUGGCCCUAAAUUCUCCGCUAUUUUUUCACCACAAGAUACUACGUCAUUUGCGUCACGUGGUGGGCGUUCCCUGUUCGCGCAAGGCAUUAUGGGAUACAAAUUUGAAACCGGAGAGAAAAAUGGAGGACGUGAGUGUGCGAAUGAAGCGUGAAAGACCGACUACAGUAACGGAAAGAAAGCGAGAAGAAAAGACGUUAUGUUAUAUACGAAGGAAAGGAAACGCAGGACCAAACUAAUAAAUAUCGGCGCUCAGCGAGCACCUCGGUGUGAUCAGCUGUUCGUUUAGCGACAGAAUGAUGGAACGCUCAGUGCACGCUCAAAGUGAACCUGCGCAUGCGCACACACACGGACUUCCUCUGUCUGCUUGACUGCGCGAUUUCAUGCACAUUAUUUGCUCAGGAAUCCCUUCAAAUUAAAUAACUUCCCAGCCACAGAACAGCCUGAUAUUGUGAGAUAUUACAGAAAUAAACCUGUAUCACAAUGAUCACAUUUCAGACGGAACUAAAUUUCACCGAUUUUAUGAAAUCGAAAGGCCGUCUCGCUUUAAUUGUUUGGGAUGUAAACUUUUUUUUCUGAGAGUGUUUACUCAACAGAAGGAUACUGCGAGUGUCGAACCGGCAUCCUCACCUCAACCAGUGGAUAAUUAACAAACACGAUAUUGACAACAGCGGAACAGUCGUGUGAUAUUUGAGCCGAACAGAGACAGACGGUGUGUCCGGUAUUAUACGUUAGCAUAUUUUGAGUGAAAUGUUUAUUUUACUUUCCUGUCAAAAGCAAUUAUAGGUUUUAAAAAAAAAAAAACGCACUGCUCCGCCCCCUCAGCUCUCAUGAUGCAUUCGUGUGUGUGUGGCUCCGCCCCACAAAAUGUUACAAUAGGGACGUUUCGUGUUUUUUAGCUUUAGCGGGGAAAACUUAAGUAAUGAAUUACGAGUGAAAAACCCAGGAUGUGUAAAUGUGCAAAGACGGAAAGCUUCGUAGCUGGGAUAUGAGGACUUCACUCAGGAAACGUGGAAUCUGACUAUAAACGUGCGAUUCAUGAAAUAAUUACGUACAAUUACUUUUGACAGGAAAAUAACCUCAAAUACCACAUGCUCAAGAUGUCUCCCUUUUUUUUUUUUUUUGUCUCUGAUGGUUUUUCACUUCAGUUCACGCCCAGAAAAAAAAAAACAAAACAACCAGCAGUCCAGCCAAACCCCCGACCCUCUUCUCUUCUCUUCUCAACAGCGCGUUUUUAUCUUCUCUUCCUGCUGAGAUAUCAAAGCAUGGUGUGUAGAGCGGAAGUUUAAGCCGAAGUCUUUCUGUAAAAUUAAAGCGAGGUGAUCGGUGUCGUGUGGUCCUGUCGCCGUGUCUUCUCCGUGUGGGACACUAAACCUUCACACUUUUUCCUAUGCAAGCGAAACGAAAACGAAACGAAACUAAUAAACCCUACCUGAAAAGCUUCCGCUUGUGCAGGAGCCUCAAAUUCAAACCACAGCAGUGAAUAUCACGAUAUUUCUUACUAUCAAUCUUUUUUUUUUUUUUAAACAAAAUGAGAUUUGUAAUCGAAAAAUUCUGACAUGAAGUAAUCGAGGUGUUUUUUUUUUUUUUUGUACUGUAUGCUGUAUUGUUAUAACAUAUUAAGAUCGAUUGUAAGAGUGGCAUGUAUAUGAAUUAAUUCUACACAACCGUAUUUAUUAUUGUCACAUAUAUAAAAUAUAUCAAUGUUUAGAUACGUCUCAGGCCUGAAUCUGAGGUCAGAAGAGUCUGUUUUACUAAAACGAGAUCAAUGUUUUCAGGUCCUUUGUAUAGGUCUUUUUAUUUUCCUCUCUAAUGUAGUCUGAAGGUAUAUCUGCUCGCCAUAAGCCUUUAUAAUACAGAGUUGUACAUAGGCACUGACUUAGUAGGCGUGGUGAUUGAUUAUUUAUGCACUGAACUCCAUUUCCCAGAAGGCACCAGUCCUCCUCGUAGGUUGGAGUUUACAAAGCUGAAGGAGCUGCGUGACGUUUGUACUUUUAAAGGGACUUCGUGCCUGUUGAGCUUAGAAAUGUUCACUAAUAAUACGUGUGCGAUUAUUUCUUUCAGCUAAAACAUUUCAGUGCCUUUUUUUUUUUUAAAUAUCCAAGCUACCUUCCAGUACUGUUUUAACACGCCCUCGUUCACGUCCAUGGAGGUCGGAUUUAACAUUUUACCAAAUGAUUACCGAAUACUCUCACCGGCCACUUUAAGAGGAACAUGUUGUUGAUUCUAAGAUCCCUGUUCUUGGCUGCAGGAGCGGAACCCAGCGUGGGCUUCUGUUUUCUGUUGCACGCUGAGAUGCUAUUCUGCUCACCACGGUUGUAAAGAGUGAUCAUAUAAGUUACUACAAUUGUGGUCAGAAGUUUACAUACAGUGACGUGAAUGUCAUCUUGG